AUGGACAACUCACAACCCCUUCCCCAGGAUAAACUGCAAGACUUGUCGGCAUUCUUGGUCAAGCUGGACUCAACAUUAGCACGCAAAGCCAGCAAUCUCGACACCAGUGCCACGGUGGCUCGCUUGCUCCCCGACGUCGAGAAGUUUGUCCAAUUGGCGACCUUGUGGAUUUCGGCGAGAAAAACCCCGGAUCCGGCACACAUUCCGAGACACUUCGAGCUGUCUUCUCGAAACCUGUGGAACCUGUGCGUACGCUUGAGGAGAGACUCUGUCCUACCGAGUCCCGGGGGGAAGGGCAACAUUGUGCUUCAUGCUUGGCUGCUAUCCGCAGUUUGCAUCGAGCUGAGUCACACGUGGUCGGACGAGCUUAUCGCGGAGCAGGCGCGAGAAAAGUUUGUAUUGAGGCUAGUACUGUCAAUAGCCAAAGCGAGCAUCAAUGAUUCUGAACUGCAUGUCGCAAGACUGGCUCUGCAGAGAGGCGCGGCGCAUGUCAACGAGCUAGGUCAUUCUUGUGAGGACGAUGACCAAUGUCGGCAGAGGGAUAGUGAUGAUACUCUCCUGGCGGAGUACUACACCAUGAGGAUCUGGCUGGCGGAAUCAGCCGAAACCAUGGCCGACGUCCUGCAAAGAAUCGGAACAGGGCUGUAUUCUCGAGAUGACCGAGAUCUGGGCCUGAAAUGGUUGGAAAGAGCCUAUGAUCUCCUGAAAGGCCAGGGGCAACAGCUGUCAAGUCAUGGCCAAAAGCUAUAUAUAGCAAUUUGCAACGAUAUGAUGGAGGCGCUUCACUCGGCAAUGUCCCACGAAUGUUUAUCGGCAAUAGAAGCAAUCAUCGAAACCAGCCGGUCCAUCCUCUGCAACCACCCGGUGCUGUAUCACUGGUGGAUGCGAGCGCAGGACAAUGCAGCAGACGCAAGUGCUAGCGAAGGCGACUACGCUGACGCCCUGCAAAAACUCAUUCUGUCUUCAGACUUGUCGAAUGAGUUUCUCCCUCACAUACUAAGCCAUACGAGGACGCUCGCGGACAGAAGUCCCCAAUGUGUGGCUCACUUGCUUCAAGGUCUUUUAUUGCAUAAAGGCAAUGGCGGCGGCAAACCAGACUGGAUUGGCAAGAUACUCUUUAUUCAAACGUGGAUUGCUUCGAAAGAGGCUAGCCAUGCGGCAAACUGUGAGUCUCUGUCAGACUCCAUCAACACGGCAUACGAACAUGUCCAGGCGCCACUACCUCGAGACGCUGUUGAAGCUUGCCACGCUCUCAUGUGGAAGUUGGUCCAAUUCUACUACACGACAGGUCGUUUGGAUGACGUCGAACUCUGGUGCGAACUAGCGCUCCGCCCUCUGUUUCGCAGAGAAGACGGGCCGAGCGUCAGCAAGUUUGUCAGAAAGCUUUUCAUAUGCGGCAUGAUGGAGGACAGAAUGCCUGUUGCUUGGGAGACAUUCUACGGUUCUUCGAGUGCCUGUGGAGACGACAUGCACCUCACGCAUUAUAUGAGCCUGAAGUCCUCGCUCGCCGGAUGGAACCAGCGGCUCUGCGCAAAGAGCAUCCGGAGCUUAGUUCAGUCCGGGGAUAUCAACAUGACUCGAGAUUUUCUGUACGCCUGCCUGGCACAAGUCAGCGACGCGUGCGACCGCGUCUGCGUCGUCGAAGCUCUCAAGUCAAUCAUCAACCAGUGGGAUACUAAGAAGGCGUCGGCGGCGGCAUCGGCGGCGGCAUCGGCGGCGGCAUCGGCGGCGAAUCUGCCUUUGCUGCUUCGUUGCACCAUUCGAGUCUUGCAAAGGCCCGGGCGAGGCGAACCCGGUGGCGUCACCUCCUGGGAAGAGUCGCAACUCGCAGACGAUAUCUGCGAAAUGUUUGAGCUAGCUGCAAAGCACGCAGCUGCCUUCCGGACAAACACGGAGCAGCAGCUGGAGCCCUUUGCCGUCCCGGAGCUUGACUGGUUCCGCAAGAACUCGUACAAUAUGGGUGUGCUCAAGGCUCACGAGUGGAAGGACAAGCACAUCAUCGGCAUCCUCGGGAGCUGCCUGUCUUUGAUAUCGUGCUACCCAAGCGGCUUGCCACGUCAGCAAACAGCGGAAAUCACACUGACGGCCUUGCGAUGCCAUUUCGCCCUGUCUGCGACGCACCUGAGACGAGCCAGAGACCAGCCCGCUGAUCGGAAACGCGGCCACUACGAGCGCGCGAGAAGACAUGUGUCGGAAUUUGGCGCAAUUUUCCGAAGCAGAGAGAUUGAUGGCGCCGACGGAAAGGUAGAGCAGGAUGUACUGGUCAAGAUGAGCACGUUGCUCGUGUACGACUUUGAAGCAGCGACGCAGCUGGCUCAUUACGCCGACCUCAACGUCAUCGUGGCAUGUCAAAAGCCGCUCAAGCAAGUGGUGGCAUUCAAAGCCAUGGGCGACAUCCUGCUGCAAAGCGCAGCGCCUGCCGAGACCCUCUCCGCGACGUUGAGGUCCAUCAUCAACGAAAUCUACGCGCUCGAAGCGUUCGACGCCGCCAAGCUGGCGCAGUACCUCGGGAGUGUUUUUCUCUCCCUCCUCGACGCCAACGACGGCCUGGCUCUGCGGGUCGUGGACGAGGUGUCGCGCGUCGCCUCCGAGUGCAGCCGGGCCGAGAGGCCGCUUCCGUCGGCGGAGAUGGAAUGGCUCGUGGCGAGGACGUUUAAUCACGCAGUGGAUUUGUACGCCCGGGCCGACGAGGGGGCCUGCCGUGACUGGGCGGCCAAGGCCAUGCAGCUGGCCGCGCUGGUGGACGACAAAGGGGCCCUGUCGAGCACGCUGCAACGCAAGUUUGCAGAAUUACGCUUUGGCGGCGGAUGGGGGGGGGGGUCCUGCCGAGGGGAGCAGCGAGUGAGGAGCAGCGAGUGA